AUGGCUGGACAAUUAGCUAGACGACGUCCAAUAGUAAAUCAUCCAUCUUUGUCAUCUCGAUCAAUGAAUGAUAACAAUGCACAUAUACUACCUUAUCGGAGUGGUUCACGAUUGAAUAAUAAAAAUCUUAAACGGCGUACACUACCAACUAAUAUCAACUCUAGUUCUCGUAAAACUGCUUCUUAUCCUACUAUAGAUGAUUCCUCAACUGCUCAUGGAGCUUUGGACACUAGCUUCACUGGUGCUUCUAACGAAAAUGAAUCCAGAAGUCAGGAUAGUCGUGUGUUAGGUUCACAGUCAUCGCGGGAUUCCACGCCUUCAGGAGGAACAACUUCAACAACAACAGGAGGUGGUAGUAGUUGUAAUGUACCUCAACCUUCAGGUGCUUCUAGUGCCAAUAAUUAUGCCAACAAUUCAAUUGUCCUUGUGUUACAUUCUCAAGGAAGUAAUGCUAGUGGGAAUUCUGCAAGUUUAAAGUUACAUAUACCUCGAGUAUCUUAUAACAAAGAUGUGACUAAUGCCCGUGUUCAUCGACUUCGGCGUAUGAAUAAUAUAAAUGUUGGGUCAGGUUCAGAUGCAGCAGCAGCAGCUAUGGCUUUAGCUGCUGGAGCACAGUUAUUCCAACAACAACAACAGCAACAGUUUAAUUCAUCUGGACUGUAUCAUGAGCAUAAUCAACAAUUAGCAAAUGCUGUGGCAGCUGCUACGCAGACAUUUAGCCCAUGGAAUUCGUUUAUGUCGAAUCCAGCUGUUUUGGCACGUUAUGGACAAGGUAAUGCGUCACCGGGACGUCAUCUUCCAUCAGCUCUUCAAAAUCUCAUGCAAAUGUCCAACACUUCUCAGUUCCCUGUAAUGAAAUAUUCCACUGGUGGGAAUGGGGGUAUUGUUGCUGGUGCAGCAAAUUUUCCUUUGACUAAUACGUCCCCAUCAUUAGUUGGUAUUAAUGUAAAUGGGCAAUUGAAUACUCCUAUUAAUAAUGCAGGUCCCAAUACUACAGCUCCUAUUAAUAAUAAUUCAACACAAUUAGCUAAUCAAUUAUAUGUGGGUAAACAACUAGAUUGGCUGAUUUAUGAAGAAGCAGCUUUGUAUUUAUGUAUUACAAAACUUCUAGAUUUAAACUUUGAAAUGAAUAAUUCAACUAAUUCUUCUGGUACAUCAAUGCCAAAUUAUCGUUUCGCUGAAUUUUUCUUAAAUAACUAUCUACCUAAUCGAUGUUAUCGUGGUGCACGACAAUGUUUACUGACUCAUUAUAAAAUGCAAAAUAUUAUUGCAUCGGCUAAUACUGCUGGAGUAUCGACAGCAUCUAGCGGUGGUGGUGGAUCUCCACUGAAUAGUCCUUUUGGACUUAAACCAGAAGAUAUGUCUCAUCCAACUACAGCAAAUGCAGCUUCUGGCAUUCCUCAUGGGCCAAGUAGUCGUAAAGUGAAAAACAAGAUGAAAAGUGCAGCUGUAGCUGCAGCAGCAGCCGCGGCAGUGGCUGGAAUGUCAAUGUCAUCCGGUAGUGGUGGUGGACCGGGAUGUUCUGGUGUUGUUAGUGGAUGUGGGGGAAAUGCUGCUGGUGCAAACUCAGCUGCAGCAGCCGCCGCUGCUCUCAAUCGAUACAGAGGUUAUCUUUUUUAUCAGCAUUUACAAACCUGGUUCAAUAUGUUGCCGCAGAAUACAAGUGAAGGCAAUACGCAAACUGAUUCCAAUCCCUCUGUACCACCAUAUUUAUCCCCAGUUAUUCAUGCUAUGAUAUAUAAUGAAGACAUUCAAACAUCAUGCUUACACAAAGCUAUUCGAGAUAAAUUAUGCGCACCCUCUGUACAAAUCCAUUCAACAUUUCGUUCGUCUGGUUCACGUAGAACCGGUGUUUCUGGUAACACUGGAGGUAAUAUCACGGGAGUAGCGGCUUCAUCAAACUUGGGUUAUCAUUCAAGUGGAAGUGGUCCAUCCGCUGGACACUAUGCACAUCACUCUGCAUCCACUGCACCAGCUUUACUUACACACCACCGACAUCGUCAACAUUCCACGUAUGAUCAUAGUCAAGGUCAGAAUCCAAGUAUUUCAACUACUGAAGCUGGUGGAGUAAUCGGAUCAGUGAGUAGUUUAAAUUCAAACUCUGGAUCUGGUACAACUGUGGUUCAUAGUGGUCCAAUAAUUCAAAAGAAUCCUACUCACAUAGCUGCACUUCAAGAACAUAAUAUCAAUCCAGACACUUUGAUUACACCUGCUAUGGUAAUUAAAAAUAAAGAAGAAAGAGAAGCUCGCCAGCGUGCUGAAGCAGCAGCAGCAGCAGCGGCAUUAUCAGCUUCGAGUCAAGCCGACGCAUCUGCCACAUCUACUAGUCCUCAGAUUUCUACAUCAUCCGCAUCCGCUGAUUCAGGUGCCUCCCAAAGUGAUGUCAUCACAUCAGAUCCUUCGAAUUCACAGCAUACCGAAGGUGUGGGUGUACAGUCUCACAGUUCUCAUCCAUCAUCUGAUCACGUGUUGAAAACAUCAACAAGUUAUACUAGUGCUUCCAGUGAGUUGACAGCCUCAUAUAAUCUUUCAGCAAAUUCCUCACCUGUUUCUCUCCCUACAACUUCACUUUCAAGUGGUGGUCGGGCAAGUGCACAAUUGUCGUUUGCGCAUAAUUUAUCUCAAAGAGCAAAUAGUGUAAUGCUACCAAUUCGUUCCAGUUUUAACAGUAAUACUGGUAGUUCAUCAGGCACUGUAUUAUCUUUUACUGGACAGCAAUCACAACAACGUUUAAUUAGUGUACAAAACACUUCUUCCUCUCCAUCAUCUGGUCAUUAUCAAUUUCAACCUCGUCAAACUUUAUUGCAUUCUUCAGUUGGUCGUCUUACUCAUUUAACACCAGGCGGAUCAAUCAGCAAUACUCAACACGUAUCUCCAUCUAAUAGUCAUCAUGUAAUAUCAUCUAGUGCAGGCGGUUCAUCGUCACCAGAUGAUAAUGCACCACGGAAUAUAGACUUAACUUCUAGUAAUAUUUUAAUUCCUGGUAACUGGCGUACAGCGUCUAAUUCACGAUCACUUAAUGUUCAAACAAUUGUUUCAUCUACACCUACUGUUCUCCGACGUUCUUCCACAUUCACUGGCAUUAGUUUAGCUGGUCAGUCGAAUAGUGGACUUCAAACUUGUCGGCUUAAUCCUGCAACAUCUAGUGUUUCUCAGAGUUUGUCAACCACUUCAUUCACUGGUACUUAUAUGAAUACACAAAUUGCAAAAAUUCCUAAUUCCCCUUCUUCCUCAACACAAUCGAACUUCUAUGUACAGCAACGCCCACAAUUCUUGUCGACUGCACAAACUUCGGUGUCUUCACCUACUCGUGGAGUUUUUACACAACCGUCAAAUGUUGCUGUAAUCCCUAGUGUAUCAAGUAAUUAUUCAACAUCAGUUACACAUUUACCUCAAAUUCUUCGUCCUAGAAAUACAAUUCGCGGUUCAGUUGUCCAACCGGCUUUUGUCCGCACCAUUCCUGCUAGCAGUGGUAGUGCUAGUGGGGUUUCAGGUGGUUCAGUUGUUCCUGUCUCAACAACACAACUUGGAACUCGUCUAUCACCUAGUGUAGGCGUUUCUGCAUCAAAUAUACUUCAUGGACGUGUCACUACACUCACUGUCUCCUCAAAUAAUCCAUCCGUUGCUAAUAUUCUUAGCUCACGUACCGGAACACAGCAUAGUCUAUCACCUACUGUCUUUCAAUCGUUAAGGACAUGCAUUUCAGGAGGUGUUAAUAAUCCUCCUGGGAAUGAACAGCCUCAUCAGUCGUCGUCAUAUGGCAGCGGCGGCGGCGGCGGUGGUGGUGGUGGUAGUGGUGGUAAUAGCAGUAGUAGUAAAUCAUAAAAUCUUUGAAUUUCGUCAUAUCUUUGUUUUGCAUGCAAAUGUAUUCAGAUACAUCUUUCGCGAUUAUUGAUACUCCUUCUUUGAACCAGUGAUUAUGAAAUUUCAUUCUUUUGUAUAUGGUAAUCAAAUAGUCAGGGUUUGCUUUUUUCCUCAUCCUUUUCUUACUAUUCACACAUGCAUAAAUUACUUAGAUUACCUCAUCAGCACAUUCACUUUUGAAUGGGAAUAUAUAUAUACAUAUAUAAUAUUCAUAUACCUAUUUACGUGCUAAAUACUUGUCAACAGCAUUUGUCGAUCUCCUUUUUUCGCCCAAUGUAUUCAACCUUUUACUUAUCUAUGUAUGCUUUUAGAUGCUAUUUGCUUUUGUUUUUUCUACUUUUCAUUUCAUAUACCGUAUUUGUUAUGCUGCAUAUUUGUCCCAUUUUGUAUAUUUCAUUCUCUGUCUACUACUAAUGUGAAGUACUUUUACCGUUUGUUGGUUCCCGUCCCCGACCCCGCCCCCCAUUUUUUGUUUUUGAUCAUUCAUUGUGUAAAUUUCUGCGUCUUCUACGUGUUGAUGAGCUAUAUUUAUAUCUGUUAUUUUUCAGUCUUUUCCGAUAACUCUGUAUUCUGCCAGCGUGUUCAGUGGAAGAAAUAUACAUAUAUUGCUUUGUCUCUGAUUUGUUUGUUUUCAUAUCACUGAUUAUGAAUGGAUGUAUGUUUAGAUUUUAACAGAGAUAGAAUAAACAUGGGCUCAGAAUAUUAUAGAUCUGUUUUUAUUUUGUUGGUCCUCGUCAGCUGCAUACAAACUAUACGACUUAAUAAACAAAAGUUCUAUUACAAUUUUAACAUAUAUUUCGUUUAUCAUUAUGAAUUAGUCCCAUAAGAAGGACAACGUUUUCCGUUAAAAAUAAAAAUAGUUUGUUUUUAGGGUGGUGAUAAUGGAGUGGAGAUAACAAAAUACAGUGAUUAGGACUGGUAAGCCUGGAGAAUCAAAAUUUGGUGUGUGUGUGUGUGUGUGUGUGUGUACGAAGUCGAAUGAAAAGGUGAUGCCGUAAUACAAUGAGUAGAGCUUAAAGGAUCAAAAAUUAAAUCUAAUAUGAAAGUCAACAGUUGAGGGUGGGGGUUGAAAAAAAGAUGACUUCAGAAGACAAAGAGUUAUGAAGAAGAGAGUUACCAGGGUAGUUGCAGUCUUACGACGG